AUGUCCGAAGAACAGCAGAACGAUGAGAAUGAUGUGAAACGACAAAAGGAGCUGAAACAGAAAUGCGCGGAUAUGACGAAACAAAUCCAAAAUCUUACCGAAGAAGUAGCAAAAUUGAAUACCGAUUUAAAGCUGUCGAAAGAAGCCCAUGAAGCAGAUCGAGCACUGUGGGCUGUGGAAAAGUCACACAUCAAGCCAAAUAAAUCAGCAGCCCUCGGCAACAGUACUGUUGCUAAUGCGCAGAACAUUAAGGUUAAAAAUUAUGGCUUUCUGACAACUAUUGUCUUCCAUCCGAAGCGGAAAGGCAUGACUGACUGA